CACCAGGAAACUAUGUUUGCAGUUAGUCAGAAGCAAUGGACCUAUAUUUAUGACAAUCGUGGCAUUGAAAUACACUGUUUAAAAAUUUUUGAUCAAACUUUACAAAUGGAAUGCCUUCCUUACCACUUUCUGUUUGUGGCAGCAAAUUCAAGAGGAUAUUUGUCCUACCUGGACACCUCCAUUGGUAGUAAAGUUUCAGCUAUCAGAACUAAUAUGGGUCGUUUAAAUGUUAUGUGUCAGAAUCCAUCUAAUGCUAUUAUUCACCUCGGACAUUCAAAUGGAACUGUAACACUGAGGUCACUUAAUGCAUAAGAUUAUUUAGUGAAAAUGUUGUGCCAUAAAUCUAACGUACGGUCAAUAGCUGUGGACCAACAGGGUUUGUACGUAUCUUUUUAAAAUCCUAUUACACUUUAUUGCGCUAAAAAUACUUCUCUUUUGAAAAGACACAUAACAUAGUUUCUCUGAAUUGAUCUGGCAUACUCCCACUACAUAAGUAAUUAAGCUGUUUCCCAAAGACUAGCCUGCCUCUUCAUCUC